UGUGCAUUUGUAACGAACACCCUAUACGAACUGGGUGAGUGGGCAACAAAAUUAGAGUCAUGUUGGUGAAUCGCGAAGAAUCAGAGCAAGAGAGAAUGGAAAGCCAAAACCAGCUCCCACAGAUAUUGGAACCAGCCAAAGGCACUACCAUUCUUAGAACUUGUUUCAAUGGAAUUAAUGCCUUAUCAGGUGUUGGAAUACUGUCAAUUCCAUAUGCACUUUCCCAAGGGGGAUGGCUAAGUCUAGUACUACUUUUCUCAGUGGCCAUCCUCUGCUGGUACACAGGCCUACUUCUCCAGCGAUGCAUGGAUGCGAACCCACUCAUCAAAACCUAUCCAGAUAUUGGUGAGGUAGCUUUUGGGUCAAAAGGAAGGGCCCUUAUAUCCCUCUUCAUGUACCUUGAGUUGUACUUAGUGGCGGUUGAGUUUCUAAUCUUAGGAGGUGACAGUUUGGACAAGUUGUUUCCCAACACAUGUUUCAGAAUUGGAAGCCUCAAACUUAGAGGCCAGGGAGGUUUUGUGCUGCUGACUGGGCUUGCAAUACUUCCCACUACAUGGCUUAAAAGCUUGGGAAUCCUGGCCUAUGUGUCGGCCGGAGGUGUUUUGGCGUCGGCACUCUUGGUAACUUGUGUGUUUUGGGGUGGUGCGGUUGAUGGAGUUGGAUUCCAUGAAGAGGGUGAGCUUUUUAAAGUUGGAGGACUACCCACUACAAUAAGCUUGUUUGUGUUUUGUUAUUGUGGCCAUGCUGUUUUUCCCACUUUGUGCAAUUCCAUGAAAGAUAGAAGCCAAUUUUCCAAGGUACUGCUUGUAUGCUUUAUCACAAGCACAAUCAACUAUGGAACAAUGGCCAUCCUAGGCUACUUGAUGUUUGGAAACUACUUGAAGUCUCAAGUAACACUAAACCUUCCCAUAAGAAAAAUUAGUUCACAAAUAGCAAUUUACACCGCACUAAUUAACCCACUGACCAAGUAUGCAGUCAUAGUUACACCUAUUGCCACUGCUAUUGAGGAGAAGUACUCUCUUCAAAGAAACCGACCGAUUAGCAUCCUUAUUAGAACUCUCAUUGUGCUUACCACUAUGCUUGUGGCUCUACUUGUUCCGUUUUUUGGCUAUGUUAUGGCAUUCAUCGGUGCGUUUCUGAGUGUCACUGUGUCUAUGAUGUUGCCGUGUCUGUUCUACCUAAAGAUUAACAAAGUUGCUAGGAGGUUUGGGUUCGAAUUGGUGAUGAUUGGAGGAAUUGUGGUAACGGGUUCCUUUGUUGGUGUAAUGGGUACUUAUAUGUCUUUGAAACAAAUUGUAACCCAUGUUUAAAAUUAAAUUAAUGCUAGCUUUAAGGCAAUAUACGGUGACUAACACCACUUGUUGAGAAAUUGGUGUUAGGCGCCAUAUGGUGCAUGCUCACAAAAUUAUGAUAACGAUGAAUUAAGAAAUAGUAUCUUGUAAGUAUAUAUAUAUAACUAUAGUAAUAAAACUUUGCAAGAAAGUAUAUUUUA